AUGCCUCUCAUGUCAGUCUACCGACUUCGGUAUGGACAGUACGGCUACAGGGGUAACGUCAUCAACUUGCCACAAAACAUCACUACCUUAGCUACCAGUUUGCCGAGACUUCCGCGUGAUCUAGAUGUCCUUGUCGUGAGAAAGGAAGGGUAUGACAACUUCCAUCGUGACUUCAGAGUAAGAAGAUCGGUAGUGUUGCGUGCUCUUCUGUGGCUGAAACAGCACAACAAGUACUACCACAACAUUGAAGUAGAUCAUGCUGCUGUAAGACAACUGCCUACUGACGGAGACUUGACUGGACUCUGCACAGUUGAACAAACAAUAUUUGAUGACCAACAAGAUCUCGAGCAACCUGCGAACGAUGACAACCCCAAUGACAUUGGCACAUUCGUGCCAAUUGCAGCCAGAAAGAUCACCGAGCAGGAAAGUAUUAAAAAUUCUAUACUAGAGCGCCUGUCAUCGACUUGCAAAGAAACUGUGCCCUGGCCUUCAAGAGGUGAAUCUCCUGUCAACGAGUUCACCACCGAGGGUUACAUUUCGUGUGCCUUCCCCACACUACUUUCCACUGGUGCUGGCGAUUUUGUGGCCCCGCGACAACGUGCAGUAACCAUUGGUAACUACUUUAAACAUCUGAUGAUGUAUGGAGAGGGUCAGUUUGCCAAACACCCACGGUUUCGCUACUUUGCACUGAACACAGAGAUGAGGUGGCGUGCACUGCAAAGUGGCAGAAUUUUUAUCAACCAGCAUCCACAAAAUGCUCGUCUCUCACUGGAAGAACUGAAAGACAUGGUUGGCUGUACAGGAGAACUCUUUAGCAAUCGCGUGUUGCACUAUGCCAGCAGCCUGCGUGGUACCAGCCAAUACUGGUUUAAGCAGAGGACAAGGCUUAUUUCCAUGGUUGACACUCUGGGACUGCCCACAAUUUUCUUUACCCACAGUGCUGCAGAUGCACAGUGGCCUGAGCUGGCUCGUCUCAUCUGCCCCGACAACUCAGAUUGCUCUUCCAGUCGCAGCUCUGCAGUGUCAGAAAACCCGGCCGUUGCUGAUUUCUUCUUCUAUAAUCGCAUCAGCAAGUUUAUAGAUGCAUUCUAUGUGGAUAUCCUUGGGACUACUGACUACUGGUUCAGGUUUGAGUGGCAGCAUCGCGGAAGUCCACACGUACAUGGUGUUGCAUGGUUUAAGGACGCACCAAAUGUAGAGCAGUUGCUGGCCUGUGAAAACGAUUUUGAUGUUAUUUCAGCAACCGAAGAGAUCACCAGUUUUGUUGACAAAAUCACCAGCACCAUAAACCCAAGCAUUGCAGCUGAUGGGAGCAAUGCUAAGGAUGCCCCGCCUCCAAAAACUAAGCCUCAACAUGUUUGCAACAAACUAUACUCGGAAGUGGCAGACCUCAAAGUAGACUUAAUAGACCUGAUAGCUACAUGCCAAAGACAUACACGAUGCUCACCAGCUUACUGUCUCAAGAAGAGGAAUGGCCAGCAAGAAUGUCGAUUUGGCUACCCAAAACAACUGCAGCCAACGACAGCUAUUGUUACCGAGAAUGGAGAGCUGCAUGUACAGACUGCACGUAAUGACACUCUCCUCAACAGCUACAAUCCCGUGCAGCUGUCUGCUUGGAGAGCCAAUGUCGACAUGCAGUAUGUAGUAUCGAGACAUAGAGUUAUUGAGUAUGUAGCUAAAUAUGCAACCAAAAGUGAACCCCACUCAAAAGCCUUGAGGGAAGUCUACAACCACAUCAUGAAGGGCCUUAAAGAUGAUGCGACGCCCCUUAAAAUAGUGCAGAAACUUCUGAUUAAUAGUGUUGGACAGAGAGACUAUUCUGCACAAGAAACAUGUCACCUACUUUUGCAGCUGCCCAUGUUUAGAGCAUCGCGUGAUUUUGUCACUCUGAGCCUGGAUGGAUCUCGGGAAGUAGAUAGCAAACUAGACAACGACAGAGCUGUAACCAUCGACUCCCAAGUAGAUCACUAUAUUGCCCGUCCCAGCACUGAACAGUUUGAAGAUCUCACUCUCUUGCAGUUCAUUCAGAAUACAGAAUUCCAAAAAGGGUUGGCGAUGGUCUUAUACAAAGAAGAAAGGAUGUUGUGGUGA